AUGGGAAACACAUGCACGGGUCCGAAACUGAACCCUAACGGGUUCCUUCAAUCCGUUAGUGCCGCUGUUUGGCGUAAUCAGAAACCAGACGAGAGCCUUGAGAGCAAAAAGGACGGGAGCAGCACUAAGAAGAGCGUUCAUGGCGGUGAAAACGCUUCCUCCGCCUUGGACCCAUCUCCAGCAACGGUGCCAACUCCUAGCAUGCCACCUCCUCCGGUGAAAAUGGCAAACGAAGAAGCACCAAAGAGUACCAACAACGAUGAUCCAAAGCCUAAGAAAGAGGCACACAUGAAACGUAUGGCGAGCGCGGGUCUACAAAUAGACUCCGUGCUCGGGAGAAAGACAGAGAAUCUCAAGGAGGUCUAUAGCGUGGGGAGGAAGUUAGGUCAAGGGCAAUUCGGGACGACGUUUCUUUGCGUGGAUAAGAAGACAAACAAAGAACUCGCUUGCAAGACCAUUGCCAAGAGGAAACUCACGACCCCUGAGGACAUAGAAGAUGUGAGAAGAGAGAUUCAGAUAAUGCAUCAUUUGUCUGGACAUCCCAACGUGAUUCAGAUCGUUGGUGCUUAUGAGGACGCAGUAGCUGUUCAUGUCGUGAUGGAUAUUUGUGCAGGUGGAGAGCUGUUUGAUAGGAUUAUACAAAGAGGUCAUUACACCGAGAAAAAAGCUGCUGAGCUUGCAAGAACCAUUGUUGGUGUUAUUGAAGCUUGUCAUUCUCUUGGUGUGAUGCAUCGUGAUCUUAAGCCUGAGAACUUCUUGUUUGUUAAUGGAGAUGAAGAAGCUGCUCUCAAGACUAUAGACUUUGGUCUCUCUGUCUUCUUUAAACCAGGAGAAACAUUCAGUGAUGUAGUUGGGAGCCCUUACUAUGUGGCUCCAGAAGUUUUAAAGAAACAUUAUAGUCAUGAAUGUGAUGUUUGGAGUGCUGGAGUUAUUAUAUACAUCUUACUAAGUGGUGUCCCUCCGUUUUGGGAUGAAACGGAACAAGGCAUCUUUGAGCAGGUUUUGAAAGGUGACCUUGACUUUGUAUCAGAACCAUGGCCUAGUGUAUCAGAAAGUGCAAAAGAUUUGGUUCGUCGGAUGCUGAUUAGAGACCCUAAGAAGCGAAUGACAGCUCAUGAAGUUCUCUGCCAUCCUUGGGCUCGAGUGGACGGUGUUGCUCUUGAUAAACCUCUUGAUUCUGCUGUUCUCAGUCGUUUGAAACAGUUUUCUGCCAUGAACAAGCUCAAGAAAAUUGCUAUCAAGGUGAUAGCAGAAAGCUUGUCGGAGGAAGAGAUAGCAGGACUGAAAGAAAUGUUCAAGAUGAUAGAUACAGACAAUAGUGGACACAUCACUCUCGAAGAACUCAAGACGGGCUUGGACAGAGUUGGAGCUAACCUUAAAGAUUCAGAAAUAUUAGGAUUAAUGCAAGCAGCGGAUAUAGAUAACAGUGGGACUAUAGACUAUGGAGAGUUUAUAGCAGCGAUGGUGCAUUUAAACAAAAUACAGAAAGAAGACCAUUUGUUCACAGCUUUCUCUUACUUUGAUAAAGAUGGAAGUGGUUAUAUAACUAGAGACGAGCUCCAGCAAGCUUGCAAGCAAUUUGGCUUAGCGGAUGUUCAUCUAGACGACAUUAUAAGCGAAGUUGAUAAGGACAAUGACGGAAGAAUAGAUUACAGUGAGUUCGUGGAGAUGAUGCAAGACACUGGAUUUGGCAAAAUGGGUUUAAGGGUGAGUUGA